CUUCACAUUUCUCAGCUGAACACAAUACCUAUCUCAAAUUGCUCUUUCAAAGUGUACCAGAAACUUUAAUAAGUCCCUUUUUUGUCUAUAUUUUUUGCUUUGUUUGAAGCCUUCAAUAUGCAGACUUCAACAGAUUCUCCACCAACUCGUGAAAUUGGCAACGAUUCAGCAUCCAACAUGCACACUACUUCAACAGAGUUUCCAACCCCUUCACCAACUCGUGAUGUUAGCAACGGUACAGAUAUAGUCAGAGAUGUAAUAUUAUGGAAGAGGAAGAAUUUGAGUGUUCUAACACUUUUAGCAGCUACAGCCAUAUGGCUAGCACUUGAAGUCUAUGAAUUGAAAUUCGUGACACUCUUUUCCUGGAUGUCCAUGCUCGCGGUUGCGUUUCUCUUUUUCUGGGGUAACAUACAUAGGCUUUUGGGGAAAGAGCCAGUGGACAUGUCAGCGAUGUAUAUAAGCGAGAAAUCAGCUAGGGAAAUGGGGGCCAAAAUCCAGGAAUAUGUGGAAAAAAGCCUGCGAUUAGUAUUUAGCGUGAGUGCCGAGAAAGAAUGGCUCGUUUUUGCCGGAAGUGUAGCUUCUUUGGGCUUGAUCUCGGUGGUUGCUAGCUACUUUGAUUUACUUUCGCUUCUCUACUUUGGUGUCGUGGUGGGACUGACUGGACCAUUUGUAUAUGUGAAAUAUGAGCACAAGAUUAAGGAGUGGGGGCAGAAAGUAAGAGUGAGGUAUCAAAGAUGUUAUGCCACGGUGGUGCAGAAGGCGCAGGAAAUGAAGAACAAGCUGCAGGAAAUGAAGAACAAGAUGCAGGAGAAGAAAAGGAAGAAAAUGGAGUAGUCACUGGUUCAAAUUUUUUUUUAAAAAAUAACUUUGUUCGGUAGUAAUAAAGUGAAUGUGAUUUUUCUAUGAAUUGGAAUCUUUCAGUUUA